UCAACGGCGCUGUCAAUUGAAAGAUGGCGGCUCGAGUCCUUCAGAAGUGUGCCAAUGGCCUGCAUCAGGCUACAAACAAGGCCCGGACGAAAGGACAGGUCGUCGAAGUGGUCAGGGGAUUGUCCGCGUCUAGCAAUAGACAGCGAGAGGACAACUGGUUUAAGUCACUGUUUGUGCGUAAAGUCGACCCGCGGAAGGAUGCCCACUCUACCCUGCUGUCCAAGAAGGAGGACCAUAACCUAUACAAAAUACAGUUUCACAAUGUGAAACCAGAGUGCCUGGAGGACUACAACCAACUCUGUGAGGAGGUUUUGCCAUCCAUUCAUGCCGAUAAGCACUACCCAUGCGAACUGGUGGGAACUUGGAAUACCUGGUAUGGGGAGCAGGACCAGGCUGUUCACUUGUGGCGGUACCGAGGAGGAUACCCUGCCCUCACAGAGGUCAUGAGCAAGCUGAAGAAUAACAAGGAGUUUAUGGAGUACAGGAAGGAGCGAGGGAAGAUGCUGUUGUCGCGCCGGAACCAGCUGCUGCUGGAGUUCAGCUUCUGGAACGAACCCCAGCCCAGAGAGGGGCCAAACAUCUACGAGCUCAGGUCCUACCAGCUCAGACCUGGGACCAUGAUAGAGUGGGGUAAUUACUGGGCUCGAGCCAUUGGAUAUCGCCAACACAACCAAGAGGCCGUAGGAGGCUUCUUCUCUCAAAUUGGAGACCUGUACAUGGUGCAUCACCUGUGGGCCUACAAAGAUCUGCAGACUCGAGACGCCACCAGAAAUGCUGCCUGGAACAAAGAAGGUUGGGAUGAGGUGGUGUAUUACACAGUUCCCCUGAUUCAGCACAUGGAUUCCAGGAUCAUGAUCCCAAUGAAGGCGUCCCCAAUGCAGUAAUCUCCAACAGCCAACAGCCCUCUCCAAAAGCUUAAGUCUGGACCAGUUAGGAUCUCUCUCUCUCACACACACACACACUGCCGUCAAGUCUUCUCUCCUCUCUUCCAACAUAACGCCGACCAAUAUUUGACAUCUUUUGUUCUUAAUUUUUUUUUUAAUUAUGUGUCCAAGUUUGGCACCAGCAAACUUAAAAAAUGUGUUACUUAUACAAGGUCAACGAAGGUACUUAAGUAAAAAAAAAGUCUUAAAAAAGCUUUGCCCCCACCCAUCCCCCAUCCCACUUAAAACAGGAGAUCAUGCAUCCCUUUAUUGUUAACGUGCUUCUAACAGUAUGCGGACCUUGUUAAGCCCGAGUAUUAAAAUCUCCUGAUGUGUAAGGCGACCAGACGUGACUCUUGGCACAUGGUGUCCAAUUAAAAAUCUGGUCAGUGGGUCAGAGCCUUGUCUAUUUAUGGCACAAACCAAAGCACUGAGGCUUCCCCAAGGCCAACGUGUCAUGCUCCGAGCGUUGCGGAGGAACGUCAGCUCUAUAGAAAACCCCAUCGUAUGAAAUGGUUUUUGUCCAAAGCAUUUCAAAAUCAUGUGUUUGAAAUGUUCAAGAGCAGUUACUUAAGUUGUGUAUUUAUUUCAUAUUUAUGACAUGUAAAUAUCAAAUAAAUCUUCAGAACGCCAUAAAUAACGUAAGUGGUUAAGUAUGCUCGACUUGGGCACAAGUGAUGGAAGGCGACAGCCCAUUACAAUUAAAAAAAGGCAGGUAACAACAGUCAUCGUGAAAUAACUAGCCUCGUGUCAAAUGGACACUACUGUAUAUAGGAUUUAUCUGUUUGUAGAUUAAAUUAUUGAACGUGGAUGGCUGUUAAAUAAGCAGGCCUGUGCGUAGAAGAACUGUGGUGUCAGCUGUUACGAAAUCAGAAGCACUGACCAAAUAACUGAAGUGAGCAGGGCUCUAAAUUAACACCAGCCAACCCGGCCAAAUGCUGGUGAAAUUUCAGUUUGUCUGGUAGAAAAGACCAGCUUACCGUACUUACUACUUUGACCCAUUAGUGAGAGUAUGUUUGGUUAGUAAAAUAAGCAUGUACCACUUUGGCUGGUGAUGAAAAAAGUUAAUUUAGAGCCCUGGAAGUGAGCGUUACAAAAAUGUCUGUCAUUCAGGUCCAUAUAUUAUUAUCACAUGGUUCAGGGAUGAACUCCUGUUACUUUUUGUUUUCAGAGAAUAAUGUAUUGUGGAUGAAUGAGUGGCUUUGAUUUCUUUAAAUUAAAAACAAAAAUGACAUAUUCCUCUGGAUUAAGAUAUUGCUGUCUUUAUUGUUGUUUCAGGAUGCUGCUGUUUGUUUUUUCUCUCUUCUGUUGUUGAAAUUGUGCUUGUCACUUUUUGAUCAUAAAUGAUGAGUACAUGGGUUUAACAGGCUUAGUCGCACAACCAGGAAGAAGGCACAGGAAGUCUGUAAGUGUCAGGAAGUGAGCACAUCUUUGCGCCAGAAGCAUUUUAAAUUCACAGAGUUAAUACAAUUUCUCAGUUUCUGUGUUUUGUGACCAUGCCAAUAUUCCCAUGGACUCCUCAAAUGCUUUUACGAUUCCCAGACUGAGCACUGUAAUUCAGAUUUAAGCUGUCAAAUUAAGCAGGUGGUUGUUGCUGGUGGCAUGCCUAUAAUUGUUUUUAAAUCAGACGAAUUUCAACAAAAAAAGACACAAGUCAGCACAAACCAUUAUGUACAUGUACUGGUGUGAUUGUACAAUAAACCCUGAAUGGUAUAAAAAAAA